GUUUGUUUGUGUCACUGUCAGUGUUGUCUUUUGGGGUUUGUUUUUUGCGUGGUGUUAUUAAAUUGUUGUUUUAUGUUAUUAAAUCUUAAUUAAAUCGUAUAAAUGAAAUCGUUACGUGUCAGUUAAAUUAAAAUCUUUGAAAAUAAAAGCCACAUCUUUGAUCGCAGCACAAACAGUUGUAAUAAUUCAGCAUAAUGACAUAUUUGGAUGUGAGUAAUAGCAGUACAGACAGUAGUUCUGAGUCUUCAUCAGACUCGAGCAGCAGCCUCAGCUCAUCUACAAGCUCAGAUUCGGACUCAUCGAGCUCAGAUUCUGAUUCAUCCACCUCUGGCACUCCAGCGGCGACCACUACAACAGCACCGAAAUCACCAGCCACACCACCCUCGGAAGAAACUAAAAAGAAGGAGGAACCCAAACAAAGACGGCCUUCAAAAGCUAAUGUCUCGUCAUCAAGUGAUGAUGAAGCACCGAAAACAAGCAGCCCAAAGUCCUUACCACCAAGAAGACGCUCAACAAAAUUAAAAUCGGCAGCUUUGGUUCUUGCUAAAGGCAAGUCCGCAUCUAGAGUAUCCGCUGGGGCAAAGACAUCUAAACCAGCAUCUAGAUCGACAUCAAAAUCGUCAAAAUCAGAUACCACAGUAAAAAAGAAAAGUAUAUUCUCACCAGAUAAUAGUUCCGAGUCCGAAUCGGACAGUAAGUCGUCAAAGAGUGCCAAAGACUCACCGGCAUCUAAGCACAGCUCCAGGAAGUCUGUAGACGAAAAGGAUUCUUCACCAUUGACCGCAGCAGAAAAUGAAGAUUCAAAUUCAAAAGAUAGUGUAAAAACUAGGAAUAGUAAUCGGUCAAACGAGGCCCCGCCAAAGAAGGUGGAAGAGAAGAGCACAUCCUCCUGCUCUUCAAGUCAAUCAUCAGUGGAGUCUGUGUCUUCAGAUAGCAACAGUGAACCGACUCCUAAAAAAGAGCCCACAAAGACUGGAAAAACAAAACCACCUAGCAGCACUAAUAAACAAGACACAGCCGCUAAAAGCGGCGACUCAGGUGAAUCUGCAACGAUCACGUUGCCCCGAAAACUAACCCGGUCGCUGUCCGCACGGGUGUCCAGACUCGCUACUGUAUCGAGACCCACGCACACUGACACUGAUUCGGAUGCAGAUGAGAAGAGUAAUGAUAAAAGCAGAGAAACAAAGAAGCCUCAGAAAGGUCGUGGGGUGCGGUCGACUCCCCCGCGGCUCGCUCGGCCUCUGUUGCCUAGUAUCGCGGGAACGUCACAGCCCACCGAGCGACGCUGCCCUGUUAGCGGCUGCGACUCGAGCGGGCAUCUAGGUGGUAUAGCGGAGAAACACUUCACAUGGGACGCGUGUCCCCUGUACCACAACGUGACGCCGGCCUGGUGCAUCGCGGCCAGCGAGGAGCGGGCCGCUGCUGCGUCCGCGCGGCGCCGCGCCGCCGCCCUGCUGCAGCAGCGGCAGCGGGCCAUGCCCACCAUCGACCAGCGCGCUUACCAGCUCAAGGUCAAGGAUAUGCGGUCAAAAUGGAAAGGCAGUCAGGAACUUCGCGAGAAAUUAGCUGCCGCUGGCAACGAAGAGACCGGCGAGGAGCGCGAGCCCAUACUAGAGGGUUUCGCGCCUGACUAUGACCUCAGAUUAUUCCGAGAAGCCCAGGCGUUAGCUGCUAUUAAAAUUGAAGAAGAAUUGGGCGAUAUGCCUUCCGAUAGAGGGACUAGGGUGUACUCGUGUGGCGGCAGGUACGUGGUGAUGGGCAAGUACACGAUGGAGGUGUGGUACCAGUCGCCGUACCCGGGCGAGGCGGCGCGCGUGCCGCGGCUGUUCGUGUGCGAGUACUGCCUCGGACACCAGCGCUGCGCCGCCGGCGCCGCGCGCCACCGCGCCAAGUGCGUCUGGCGGCACCCGCCCGGCGACGAGGUGUAUAGAAAAGACAAUUUAAGCGUAUGGCAAGUUGACGGCCGGAAGCACAAGCAGUAUUGCCAGCACUUGUGUCUCCUUGCCAAGUUCUUCCUCGAUCACAAGACGUUAUACUACGAUGUGGAGCCAUUUCUCUUUUACGUGAUGACGUGUGCCGACAACGAGGGAUGCCAUAUCGUCGGUUACUUCAGCAAGGAGAAGAAUUCUUUCCUGAACUACAACGUGUCGUGCAUAUUGACUCUGCCCCCCUACCAGAGACAGGGUUAUGGGAGAUUGCUCAUCGACUUCAGCUAUCUUCUGACUAAAGUGGAAGGAAAAGUUGGCUCUCCCGAGACGCCUCUCUCAGAUUUGGGGCUGAUCUCGUACAGAUCCUAUUGGAAGGAGGCGCUACUCCGGCGGCUAUGUUCUGCCUCCGGUCCCACACUCUGCAUCAGAGACCUGAGCAAGGAUCUGGCCAUUGCGUCCUCCGAUAUAGUGUCCACACUCCAAGAACGUGGACUGAUGAAGUAUUGGAAAGGAAAGCAUAUCGUUUUAAAGAAACAGGAGGUGCUGGAGGAGGUGUCCCGUCGCGCGGAGCGAGCCCGCUGCGUGGACGCGGCGUGCCUGCGCUGGGCGCCGCCCGCCGCCGCCGCGCCGCCGCGCUGACGCCGCGCCCCGCGCGCCCGCCGCCGCCACCGCCACCGGCCCAGCAGCAGCGCCGCCAGGGCCCUGCUCUAGGCCGCCGCCAGCGCCGCCACCGCCCUCUACGACUACUACAAGGUCAAGGUCAAGGUCAAGGUCACUGUCAACUUACCCCCAAAUUACAUGAAAUAUAGCAAGAAUGUUGUCUACGAUGUGUAUUCUGAUGGAAACGGAUGUGUGAUUUACUCUCAAUCAUGAAGGUCAAGGUCACUGUCAAAGUACCCCAUUGUAAAUAUGUCGCAAUUUUUUUUGUUUGCGAUGUGUAUUUGGUGUGUGUGUGUGUGAUAUGGUUGUAAUAUUUACACCAUUAAAAAAUGUUUUGUAUGUGUAUAAUUACGGUACAAGUUAUGUACAGUGAUUAAAGACACAUCCACACUGGUCAGCGUCGAUACGUGACGAUCAGCGUGUCGUGCUAUCUGGCACGCAUCAGCAUCAACGUGCUCCGUGACUUUAAUAGACAUAUUUGAGGUUUUUAUUGCAUAUAAAUAUAAUGACGAACAAGGAAUAUUUGUUACUUUCAUUUAUAAAAAACGAACCAAUUUUAACAAUAUUUCGUCAUAUAUUAUAUCACUCGCGUAUAAUACAGUCGUCGAAAAUAUUCUCAACUAGAAACUCAUCUCGGAUCACAGAGUCAACCCAACAAUGACGUCAUUGAAUGUUACUAAUGUGACAAGCAUAGGUUGUCAUACAAAAUGAAUAUAGUAAUACGAAGGGAGGUCAAAAAGUUCGCGUAAUGAGGAGAAAGGGGGUUGAAAUUAAACAUGAAACUAUUUUUGCUUUCCAAUAUAUUCUCCCCUAACCUUAAUACAUUUUUCAUAUCUCUCAAAUAAUUUGUUUAUACCAUCGAAAAAAAAAAAGGUUUAUCUUUGCUGCCAUAACACUUCAAAAUCGCAGACUUGACUUUUUCAUCGUCGCCAAUUUUUUUUCCACGCAGCUUCUUUUUCAUUUUUGGAAAUAAAUAAUGGUCCCUGGGAGCCAAGUCUGAACUAUAAGGUAGGUGGUCUAAUUUUUCAAACCCGCAUCGGUGGAUGGCAGCCGUCGCAACAUGGCACAUAUGGACCGGAGCGUUGUCCUGCAAAAGGAGCACACCUUUUGACAGCUUUUCCCUUCUUUUUUCCUUGAUAGCUUCCUUCAAUCUGUCCAGUAAAGAAACGUAGUACUGUCCUGUUAUAGUUACACCACGAUCUUUAUAAUUGAUCAGCAAAAUACCUUCUGUAUCCUAAAAGGUAGUCGCCAUGAUAUUUCCGGCCGAUUGUCACACUUUAAACUUCGUCGGAGGAGUUGUACCUUUUUUAUGCCACUGCAUCGACUCUUGCUUCGACUCAGGUGGUGAAUUCAGGUUUCAUCUCCAGUAACAAUUCGGGCCAUAACUUCUUCCCUAUUAUACUGUUAAUGAAGUGCUUAAUAAGUGACUACCUGGACGAGUAAACCAACCCCCCCCCCCCACCAACCCCUCUAUUUCGCAAACUUUUUGACCUCCCCUCGUGUAAUGUUUUACUGGUUAGUAUUAUUCGUCACGUAUCAGCACUGAUCGGUGUGGAUGGGGCUUAAUUGAUUUUAUAAUGUGCGUGUGUGAGUUGAAACAAUGUUUACUUAUUGAUGACUCAAGUGAAUGUGUAUUAAAAACAAAAUAAUGAAAUAGGUUAAGAUGAGGAAAAAUUUAUAAUUUUUAUGAAUUUGACACAUUUAUAUUUUCAAUUUUAUACUUUGGUGUUAGUUAGGUACUUGGCGUAACAUCGCAAAUAGGAUUCCACUAAAAUAAUACGAAUUUUAUAAUGAUGUAAUUAAAUAAAAUUAUUAUAAAUUUUAAUUCAAUUUUAGUUUUAAGUAAGUGUUCAAUAUAUUGAUUAUUGUAAUGUAUCAUUUUAUUGAUAGAUUUGAUAAAAUUUCCCAUUAGAAUAGAAUAAAUUAUUUUUUAUUCAAAUAAAAGCUGUGUAUAGUUUUAUUGUUGUUGUCUGCUGAGAAGGACCCGUAAGAAACUCAACAGUUACUUUUAUCAAUCGACUUAUAUACAAGAUAAUUUUACAUUUGUAUGAGUUAGUACCCAUACAAAUGUAAAAUUGACCACCCAAAAACAAAUUGACCCAUGACUAUAAUUAAGAAUUGAAUUCUAUUUGUAUGUAUUAUUCAAUGUAAAAUGUCACAAUCAAUUAUAAACAAUAGAUAACUAGAUCAGUCUCUACAAGCAGUACCCGUUCACGAGUAUGACGGAUGAACCAUCAUUUUGUAUAAGACUGUCUUGUUAAAGUUCAAAACUUGCUUGCUUCCCUUUAUUUGGAUGCUUAUUAAUUAUCUAUUUUGAUUUUGAAUACUGUUGAAUAUUGGCCUCCAAAGGGAGGGUUUUACCAGUAGUUGCCACGUUUGGCAAGCGGCUUGGCAACUGUAGUUACUUAUUUGAAUAUGUAUAUAUUAUAUAUAAAUCUUCUCGUGACAUACAAAUGUUGUAUUAAACAUAGCAAUAAGGAAUACAAAUAGAAAAAAAAAACAACAAUUUAACGACAAUACUAUGAAUUUUUUAAUGUAAAUAAAUUCAAUUUUUAUAAUGUUUUAAUUUAUUAGUUUUAAACAAUUUUCAAUGUAUUCGUAUUUUUAUUGUAAUGAUAUAAUUAUUUUUAAUGAAGAGUUUUUUUUUUUUUAAUUUUCUUUAAAGUUAAGAGCUCCAAAGACGGUCUUGUGACAAAUAACGCAUGGAAUAUUAAAUUAUUAAUUUUUAAAAGGAAACGGCAAGCUUUUCAUACCAACACGAAUAUGGUUAUAUGAAUGAGUUAUAUAACCAUUUUAAUCCAUAAUUGACUCACAACCAAAAUUACCUAACACACACAAAAAAAUAAUUUAAAACAUUGCUUAUCUAAACAGAGUUUAACAAAACUCUAAGUGACUAAAUAUUCUGCAGUCUGUGAUAAUAUUUAUUUUCAGUUUUAUAUGCCAAAAUCUAUUAUUAUAAUAAAGGUUAUUAGUUUAAAUGCCUAUUAUUUUUUAAUAACGUAUUUCU